GAGCUGGGCCAAGUUAGCAUGUUUUUCUCCUCCUCUGGAUGAAGUCAUGAUUGAAAUAUGGCAUUGAACUUAUUUUAAAAGGGAAGGGGAGUCGGAAAGGCCUGUAACCCUGCAGCAGGGGGCUCGGUGCCGUGGGGAACGCGGCUAGCAAGUGUGUGCCGGCUGUGAGCCCUGAGUGACCUUCGCCUCUCUCUGGGUGGGGCAGGGCCUUUAAGAGCUGUUGGAACGCAGCUUCCCUGAUCAGCUCAGCCAGUUGUUGCCGGUCUGAGCUUCUGCCAGUCCCGGGAGCAGCGCUUGGACCUCAACCUGUAGGCCUCCUUCUUCACCGUCUCCUCUGCUCCCCCGGCUGUGUCCACCUGCGCAGCCAUGGGAGAGGACGCUGCCCAGGCCGAAAGGUUCCAGCCCGCGAGCUCUGCCAUACGCCAGGAGAAGCCCUCGAGUCCCAGUCCAGUGCCCUCCUCCACGCCGAGCCCGAGCCUGAACCUGGGGUGCACGGACGAGGCCCUCCGGGACAACUCGCAGGUGAACGCCGUCACAGUGCACACGCUGCUGGACAAGCUGGUGACCAUGCUGGACGCCGUGCAAGAGAACCAGCACAGGAUGGAGCGGCGGCAGAUCAGCCUGGAGGGCUCGGUGAAGGGGAUCCAGGGAGACCUGGCCCUGCUCUCCAAGCACCAGGCCUCCACCAGCAGCACGGUGGGCAAGCUGCUGGAGAAGUCACGCAAGGUGAGCGCGCACACGCGAGCCGUCCGCGAGCGCAUGGAGCGGCAGAGCGCGCAGGUGAGGAGGCUGGAGAGCAACCACGCCCAGCUCCUGCGACGAAACCACUUCAAAGUGCUCAUCUUCCAGGAAGAACAAGAGAUCCCCGCCAGUGUGUUUGUGAAGGAGCCGGUCCCUGCCGCCGUGGACAGCGAGCGCCCGUCGCUGGAGGAGACGCUGCACUCGGUGGACCUCUCCUCGGAGGACGAGCCAGCCGGCGAGGAGGAGGCCCUGGAGGACAGCGGUGAGGAAAAGGUGGGGGAGAGCAGGGCAGAGAAGCUCAAAAGAUCCAGCCUGCGGAAGGUCGACAGCCUCAAGAAAGCUUUUUCUCGCCAGAACAUCGAGAAGAAGAUGACCCAGCUGGGGACCAAGAUCGUCUCCGUGGAAAGGAGGGAGAAGAUUAAGAAAUCACUCACCUCCAACCACCAGAAGACGCCCUCGGGCGGGAAAGGUUCUCCCUUCAAGGUUUCUCCCCUCGCUUUCAGGAGGAAGGAAGUGCAAGGCGGGGAGAGCCCGGCGGAGAACGAGGCCAGGUCGGAGGACACCGGGUCCCAGGGGCCGGAGGAGGGCUCCCUGGCCGAGGCGGCGGCGGACAGCAGCGCAGACCUGACCAUC